AUGGCGGCGGCGGGAGGCUCGGCUAGCUCGCUCGCUCGCUCCCUCGGCGCUCGGCCCGUCGGCGCCCGCGCCCGCGCCCGCUGCGGCCUCCACAGGAAGUGCCGGCGGCCGGCCUCGCUCCCCGUCCGCGGCUCCAGCGGCUGCCACCGGUGCGCCCCAGCGCCCAGUGGUGGGACAGGGAGGCCGGGAGUCUCCCCGCAAGACACAAUGGAAAAGUACCAGAUUUUGGACUGGCUGAAUCCUGGGGCCUUGGGGGUGAACCUUCUGGUGGAGGAGACAAAAACCAAAGUAAAGCACGUGAUAAAGCAGGUGGAGUGCAUUGAUGAGCAUCAGGCCAACGAGGCCCUGGAGGAGUUGAUGCCACUGCUGAAGCUUCAGCAUGCCCACGUCUCCAUCUACCAGGAGCUCUUCAUCAUGUGGAACAGUGAGAUCUCCUCUCUGUUCCUUUGCCUGGUGAUGGAGUUCCACGAGGGAAGCUUCCAGAAUGUCAUUGAGAAGAAGAGGGCGGCAAAGAGAGUCAUUGACUCCCAGUGGAUGCAGAACAUGCUGGGCCAGGUGUUGAAUGCGCUGGAGUACCUGCACCAGCUGGACAUUAUCCACAGGAACCUCAAGCCCUCCAACAUCGCCCUGGUCAGCAGCGACCACUGCAAACUGCAGGACCUGAGCUCCAACGCACUCAUGACCGAUGUAGCCAAGUGGAACGUCCGUGCAGAGGAAGACCCCUCUCACAAGUCCUGGAUGGCCCCCGAAGCCCUCAACUUCUCCUUCAGCCAGAAAUCUGACAUCUGGUCCCUGGGCUGCAUCAUUCUCGACAUGGCCGGCUGCUCCUUCCUGGAUAGCACGGAAGCCAUGCUUCUGCGGAAGUCCAUCCGGAGUUCCCCCGACGGCCUGAGGGGUGUCCUGAGGACCAUGGAGGAGAGGAGGGUCCCCGACGCAGAAAUCUUCAGUUCCCUUUUGCCUCUGAUGCUCCAGGCCGACCCGUCGGAUCGAAUAACCAUCAGGGACGUGAUUCACUUGUUUGUGAGCAGCGACUUCAGGUCCUCCAGCAGUGCCCUGAUGCCGCACCGGCAGGUGGUGCCCGACUUCAUCAUCGACAGGCUGCUAGAAAGCAACGUCACCAGCAUCUUAGAGGUCAUGCAGAACUUCUCCAGCCACCCCGAAGACCAGCAGAGGGCCCUGGAGAGGCUCCUGGGGAUGUCUGAAGACCAGCAAGGUGUGCCGUGGCCGGCGGAGCUGGCGGAGGUGUUGGUCAGCACCGUGAAGCAGCACGACAGGGUCCUUGACGCGCAGCCGUGUGCCUGCUCCCUGCUGCUCCGCACCCGGGGCCAAGGACUGGCCACAGACGAGCUGCGGAGGGCCGGGCUGUGCGAGUGCAUCCUGGAGCGCCUGGACGCCCUCCCUAGGAACAGGGACACCUGCUUGAACGGCCUGAGGCUGCUCUGGGCUCUGAUGGUGGACGCUGUCAUCGUGAACAAGGCCCCCUGGGAGAAAGCCCCGGCCCUCAUUGCUGAGGUGCUGGCCACCUACCCCACGGACGCGGAGAUGGCUGAAGCCAGCUGUGCAGUCCUGUGGCUGCUGUCCUUGCUGGGUGAGCAGCCCGGGGCCCCAGGGCCGGAGAGGUGGCCCUGGGCCCUCGAGACGAGGCACGUGUGGCCCCCCGCAGGCUGCAUAGGCGAGCAGCAGUUGGAAGAGGUGGUGGUCCUAAUCCUGCAAAGCAUCCGGGCGUGCCAGGACCGAGCCCUGCUGGUGAACAAUGCCUGCCAGGCGCUGGCCAGCCUCGCGAAGAUGUCCGAGCUGGCGGCCCUGCAGGUGGUGAUGCCCGAGGACGGCAGCAGCGGCCUCACCCUCAUCCAGGAGACGUACCAGCUCCACCAGGACGACCCGGAGGUGGUGGAGAGCAUCUGCAUGCUGCUGGCCCACCUCGCCUCCCACAAGGACAUCCUGUCAGAGCUGGUGUCCAGCGGCAUCCAGCCCCUGGUCGAGGAGAUCCACGGGCGCUUCACCUCCAGCCUGGAGCUGGUCUCUUACGCACAAAGUGUGCUUCAGAAACUGGAAGAGGCCUCGCGGCCCAGCUCCGACGGUGGGCAGUAG